AUGUCGGACCCGAAACGACGCAGAACAGGCGAUGAGGACAUCAGCGAACUGCGAAGAAACGCGCGCCAAACGUAUCUCGCCCAGCGUGAGGCGCAACAGCUUGCUCUUCUGCGCCGUCAAGUAGCAGAAGAAGCCGAGGAGGAGGAGAGACUCGGGUCAAAGUUAUCGAUAGAAGAAAGGAAGGACUUCGCGCGAAAUCGGGAAACACUUCGGCUGGCAGAGGCCAGGAACGCCAUAGACGAACACCUCGACGGGUACCUGUUACCGGACGCCGACUUGAGCAGAAAUACUGCACUUACGAAACGACACAAUGAGCGGGAAAAGGGUUACGACAAGAGCGAGGUCCAGCUGUGGGAAGAUGAGCAGCUCAGCAAGAUCAAGAGUCAGGUCAAGAAGGCUGAGCGCGUGUCUGCCGAUGAUUACGAGUUCGUCUUCUCCAACGACAUGGCUAUCAACUUCCAGAGCGAUGGUAUGCCGGAUCCAGAUAAAGCUUUACUUGAGAAACAACUCAAGGAAGCGGAGCAGAAGGUGAAGACGAUGGAGGAUGUACGAAAGAGCCUGCCUAUCUACGCAUAUCGAGAUGAGCUGUUAUCGGCUGCGGAGUCACAUCCUGUCCUCAUCAUCGUGGCCGAAACUGGAUCUGGCAAAACGACGCAAGUGCCGCAGUACCUCCACGAGAGCGGUUUCACAAAGAAUGGAAAGAUUGGUUGCACCCAGCCGCGCCGCGUCGCCGCUAUGUCUGUCGCAAAACGUGUCAGUGAAGAAAUGGGCGUCAGACUUGGCCGGGAGUGUGGAUACUCGGUGCGUUUCGACAGCAAGAUCACACCAGAAGUGACCAAGGUCGAAUACCUGACGGACGGUCUGAUGCUCAAGCAACUCAUGUCAGACCCGUUGUUGUCCGAGUACACGGCAGUUGUUCUGGAUGAAGCACACGAACGUUCAUUGGCGACGGAUUUGUUGAUGAGUUUGUUGAAGGAGCUGGUGGCAGUGCGUCCAGAAUUCAGGCUGCUCGUUACUAGUGCUACCUUGAACGCCACCAAAUUCUCUGAAUACUUUGGCGGCGCACCUUUGUUCAAUAUUCCCGGGCGAACACAUCCUAUCGAGCGUCUUUAUUCGAGUUCACCAGAAGCGAACUACCUCAACGCAGCAGUCACAACUGUCUUCCAGAUACAUCUCUCACAAGGACCUGGAGAUAUCCUUGUAUUCUUCACAGGUUCCGAAGAGAUUGAGAGUGCGGGUGAAUAUAUCCUCGAAACGUCACGCAAACUUGGAUCAAAAGCAGGUCCUAUCAUCGUAGCUCCUGUAUACGGUGCCCUGCCAGCCGAAGACCAGCAGAAGAUUUUCGCCCCAACACCUCCAGGCCACCGCAAGAUCGUUCUCAGUACCAACAUCGCGGAAACAAGUUUGACAAUCGAUGGCAUCCGGUAUUGCAUAGACUGUGGUCUUGAGAAACAAUCGGUGUACGACCACAAGCGCUCUAUGAACACAUUGGUAGUUGUGCCAUGCUCACGAGCGAGUGCAGAGCAACGUGCUGGUCGUGCUGGACGUACCGGUCCUGGCAUGUGCUUCAGACUGUACACCAAGUACGCGUUCUACAACGAGCUCCAGAUGGAGACAGAGCCUGAAAUCUUGCGAUGCGAUCUCGAUGGGCCGAUGCUUACACUGAAGACAAUGGGUAUCAACGACCUUCUUAAUUUCGACUUCAUCGAUCCACCCUCAGCGACAGCAAUAGCUGCAUCGUUAGAACACCUCUACGCACUGGGCUACAUCGACUCCAUGGGCAAAGUCACCAAACUCGGUCGCCGAGCCAGUGAACUUCCGCUCGACCCGAAACUAGGCAAAGCGCUCCUCGCCGCCGACAAAUACGGCUGUGUCGAAGAAAUGGUAACCCUCGUCUCCAUGGUCAGCGAAGCCGGAACCCUCUUCUUCGCGCCAAAGGACAAGAAAGUCGCUGCCGACCUCGCCAAGCAGCGAUUCUCCGAAGAAUCAGCUGGUGGCGACCUCAUCGCGUUCCUCAAGAUCUGGAACGAAUUUGUCGAAAACGAGUUCAGCCAGGCGUGGGCAAAAGAAAAUUUCCUGGACUACAGAGCUCUGAACCGCGUACGCAACGUGCGCGAGCAACUACAGCGUUUAUGCGACAAAGUCGAAUUGCCACACUCUAGCUCCGGCAUCUCAGACCACGUCAAGAUUCUUAAGGCGUUUACGUCGGGCUAUUUCACAAACGUGGCGCGCCUGAACCGCGAUGGACAGAGCUACUCCACGGUGAGCCAGAAGCUGUCUGUGUUUAUACACCCGUCGUCUUGCAUGGCGAGGAAACAGACACGUGAUCGCUGGAUUGUGUUCUAUGAGUUGACGAGUACCUCGAAGGAGUGGGUCAGGUCGGUGGCGCCGAUUCAGGCAGAGUGGUUGACGGAGGUUGCGCCGCAUUAUCACAAAGCGAGCCAGAUUGAGGAGUUGACGGACAAGAAACAGAGUAAGGGCACUGGCAAGGUAGGCGUUGUUCGAAGACCGGACAGCUUACACGUUUGA